CACAAUGGAAAGGAGGCAACGCAGACGGCAGUCCUUCGAUGGGGCCCUCCUUCCGUCCACAAACCUCUGCGAAAAGGCCCUCUCCCGAGCCCGCACGGCGGAUGACUCGGUCCCAUCCAGAGAGUCAAUGGAGCGCAGCCCCAAGGCCCUUUGCGGCAACCUGGGGCGGAUUCCUGACGUCCUGCUCUGGUAGCUACACUGACUGCAUCACAACACACACCUGAACAAACCGCUUCAAAAGAGUGAUGAGUCUGAGCACUUUGAGUGUGUUUUCAUGUCAGGGAGGUUUGUGGCCUGUUGGGCGCUCGAGGCGUGCUGACUCUCUCUGAAACCUGCAGCCGUAGGCGAGCGGCCAGGAGGGCAGUGGGGGGCCUGCCAGUGGUUGCAAUGAGUGUGUGCGUGUGUGCGCGUGUGCCUGCAGGUUGUCGUGAGGUGGCGAUGAAGCCCUGUGUGUGGGCGCAGCUGUGUGCCAUGCGGUGGCCCAGAGGGCUCAACGCCGCGGCCUAUCACCACCAAUGCAUUGCGCUCUACAGGGACUCGUAAGCACAGCACCACAAACAGUCCACUCGUCGUGUCAUUCGUUCAUUGGUCGGUUCGCUCGCAGCAACGGCUGGCUGCCUCUCAAGCUGGCGCAGCAAAGCGAUGGCAGUUCCAGCGGCGACAGCCGUCCGUCGUCGGCCUCGUCGUCGGGCAGCUGCGGCCGGUCGCGGGCUGCCGCGCCGUUGUCGCGAUGGGUGCGUGCUUCCCCAAGAUUCGACAUUCAGAAGCACAAGGUGACCAGCCCCUUUGUCAACACCAUGGACCUUCGUCAAGACGGAGAGAAGGUUUACACCGUCACAGAAAGGUGAGUCAACUGGACCGUUGGGUGCGUGUGGGUGGAGUGUGAUUGAGUGUGUCUUGUGUUGCAAGCUUGUGGUGUCCUUGUUGUGUUGUUGUGUGUGCAGUGGUCGUGGUGGCAAGUCGCUGAUCAGUGUGUAUGAUGUGGCGACCGGCGCGCUCGACCACAGCAAGACGGUCGACGUGCGAAGCAUCAACUGCAUCGACUGUCAGCUCACAAGCACACACACGAGUCGAGGAACAAGUGAAUCAUUCAUCUCUCUCUCUCUCUCUGUGUGUGUGUGUGUGUACCGCGUGCGUCAGUGUGUGGUGGUAUCUAUGCAACUGGCGACGACGGCGGGCACGUGAGGGUCUUCUCCAAGACAGACCACCACCAAAAGGCCACUAUGAAAUGGUACCUCACUCAGUCACUCACUCACUCACUCACUCUGCGUCGUAUAUGGGAAUUUCUAUGGAUCGUUGUGUGUGUGUGUGCGUGUGUGUCUGUGUCUGUGUCUGUGUGUCAGCAUGAGUGAGGUGAAUGACCUGCGUCUGACUCGCGAGUCGGUCGCCAUCAACGUCCGCACCUCAUCCAGAUACCCUGGUGCGUACGCCAACGAACCUAACCACACACAGACACCCCCCCCCCACCACCACUCCACACACACACACUGUCCUGUGGAUCGCUCCACAACCAGCUGGUAUGGAGGUGUGGCACAUCGAGAGCGGUCACCGCGAGAGGCUGCGGCCGGCCGACACCAACGACAAGUGGAUCCACGCCGUCGACCUCAACGAGGACAAGUCCAUCAACGACGUCACAUUCGUCGGCGAAAACACCGCCGACGGCUGCUUCUGGAUCUUGCAGUGCGACAUGAGACGCAAAGACAGGUGUGCUAUACGGCGGGGGGCGGGGCGGGGCAGUUGUGGUAUAUAUUUGCCGUUGGUUGGGCAAGUGUAUGUGUCGGUGUGUGCGGUUGGUGUGUGUGUGUCAGGGUGGUGUUGGAGCUUCAGCAGAGCAAGCGCAUGUUGUGGCCUCUGCGUGUGACGGGGCGGCAGGUGCUGUAUGCCUACGUGCACCGCACCGGCGACAGGAACGGCAAAAUCAGACACCUUGACCUCAGGUAGGGUAAAUCACAUCACAUAUAGCUAUCCUUUGCACUGCACCAGUAAGAACCAAAUGUGAUGGACCGGAUCACAUUUGGUUCUUACUGGUGUCAGAUACCCGAAGCCCUCCCCUCUCUUAGAGGACCACCGCCCUUACCCUUCCUCCCCGGCCUCCAGCCGCCACUCCCCCUGCAGACGGCGAGGUGGACCACACAUCAUCGACGCACCCACACCGCCCUCUCACAUCCGCCCGCGCCCGUCGGCCAGGCACUCAACCACACGAGUAUCAUCAGCAUCGUAUACCCCACCACCAGCAGCGGCGGCAGCAGCAGCAGCAGCAACGGCAUCCGACGUCUCCCCGCGGCCGUUCCCCAGCAUAUCGUCGAUUGCGAGUGCCAUCACGGGGGCGGCUGUGGCGUGUGAGAAGGGUGUGGCGAGCGACAUGGUGCAGGUGUUGCCGCACCGAGUGGAGGAUUUCCGGAUUAUGCAUGGACACGUGAGACAGACAGACAGACAGACAACAAGAGAGACAGACGGACACGGUUGUUGCCGUCGCAUCGUCGAUGGAUCGUUGUGUGUGUGUGUGGUCCAGAUCUAUGCCUUGUGUGAGUCCAAGAAUGAGUUGUCUCUGUGGCGCAGCCCACUGGCCACCGCCUCGCAACCACCCGAGUGCCUCAGUGUGAUUGAUAUCUUCGAUCCACAGGGCUGGAACGAACCUCUGAAGCUGCUACAGUGCUGCGAAAGUGAGAGAGGCGAGAGAGGCGAGGGACAGAACAGACUCUGUGCAGGUCAGGUGCAGUGCACGGUCUGUGUGUGUGUGUGUGGUGCAGAUGGGUGGACCUGCACGUACGGCGAGCAUCUUGCUGUGGGUAAGGUCGUGCAGCCCUGGACCUUUGCACCAUGACUGACUAUGACUGACUGAUCGACUGGAAUGUGGGCGGCGUUGGGGAAUAUAUGAAUGGAAUGGUCGAAUGCUCGUUCGGAUGUUUGGAUGGAUGGCCGGCUGUCCCUCCCUCCCUCCCGUUUUGCUGCCUGCUUUGUGUGCCUGUCGGGGUGUGUGCGCGUCAUUGGAUGGAUGGAUGGAUGGAUGGCACUGUUUGCUGUCAUCCCUUGCCUGCCUGCCUUUGCUCUUUCUUUCUGUCUUUGCCUGUGCUGGUUUUGCUGUUUGUUGUACUCUUAUCAAUUGCACCGUGUAGAGCAGAGCUCGUGAGAGUGUGUGAGCUCACCACGGAGGCAGGUCUGUCUGUCUGGCUGUAUGCCUGCCUGUUUGUCUGUCUGUCUGUCUGUGUCCGUGCAUCUAUCUAUCUACGAGCAGUUUUUUGCCGUAGGAAUCAGCCAGCCCAUCUGACAGCACUGUUCCCCUCCAUUGUGAUGGUGGGCAGAGAGGGAGGCCUUCUCUCUGCCCGUGUAUAGUCCUCUUUGCCUGCCUGCCUGCCUGCCUGCCUGUCCUCCCUGUCCUGCCUGUCCGUCCGUUCCGCUCGAGUGUCUAAAAGUCGGUUUUGCCUGCCUGCCUGCCUGUCUGACUGCUGACUGAGUGGAUGGACCAAUGGAUGCCGCGUGUCCUUACCUUACGACUAGGCAUUAGUCCCCGAGGGGGACAAGGGUGGCUGGG